AUGUCGAAGCUCAGAUUAAAGGUGAACGAAUUGGAAACUACAGUUAAUUGUGUCAGUGUAGAGAAUGGUAUACUAAAGAACAGACUUAAAGAAGUAGACGAAGAUCGUAUAUGGUUAAGAAGGAAAGUGGUAGAACUGGAGGAUAGAUCACCUCAGUCAAAGACGAUAUUAUAUCCCUUCUGGCAGAAUGACACUAAAACACCAAAGGUGGAUGAUGGGAGUUCUCCUGAAAUUAAAUUAUCCCUUCCUUUUAUAUUUUUUGGCGUUCCAUACAAAGCACUUUAUGUCAACAACAAUGGAGUAAUCUCCUUCAAUGUUCUUGUCAGCCAGUUUACUCCUGAAGCUUUUCCACUUGCCGAUGGGCGUGCUUUCAUUGCUCCUUUUUGGGCAGAUGUCCAUAAUGGAAUACGGGGAGAAAUCUACUACCGGGAGACCACAGAUCCUGUUAUCCUGAAGAAAGUAUCUAAGGAAAUUAGAAAGCAUUUCAGAAAUCUUUCCUCCUUCUCUGCCACUUGGGUCUUCCUGGUCACCUGGGAUGAGGUCACCUUCUAUGGAGGAAGUAGCACCACUCCUGUUAAUACAUUUCAAGCUCUGCUGAUUUCGGAUGGCACAUCAAGCUUUGCAAUGUUCAAUUAUGAGGAGAUUACAUGGACCACAGGGACCGCCAGUGGAGGAGACCCUCUUACAGGCUUGGGAGGUGUUAUGGCUCAAGCUGGAUUUAAUGGUGGAAAUACUACAAAUUUUUUCAGUGUACCUUGGUCCCGGUCACCUGAGAUUGUCAAUAUUGAGGACAGUACAAAUGUGAACAUCCCAGGACGCUGGCUAUUCAAAAUAGAUGGAAAGGAGAUUGAUCCGGCUAAUGGCUGCAGCCUAAAAGGUCAGUUUCUACGCCAGGGACAGGUGUUUUGGGAAAAUGAAAAUUGUACCACCAGGUGUCGCUGCCUUAAUUUCAAUAAUGAAAUAUCAUGCCAGGAAUCUAUAUGUGGCCCGUAUGAAGUCUGUGAGCCAAAGGAGAAAUACUUCCAAUGUCUACCAGUUGAAAGCAGCACCUGUGUGGUCUUUGGAGACCCUCAUUAUCACACAUUUGAUGGGCUUCUCUUCCACUUCCAAGGAUCUUGUUCUUAUCUUCUAGCACGGAACUGCAACCAAGGGAGUCAUCUACCAUAUUUUAGCAUAGAAGCAAAAAAUGAAAACCGUGGAGGGUCUUCAGUAUCAUGGCUGAAAGACAUCAAUGUGGAGGUCUACUCACAUAACAUAGUCAUACCCAAAGGAAGUUUUGGGAAAGUAAAGGUAAACGAUUUGAUAUUUUCUCUUCCAGUAAUUCUGGAACAUGGGGCCAUCAAAAUAUAUCAAAGUGGUCUAUCGACAGCAGUGGAGACUGAUUUUGGUUUGUUAGUGAUCUAUGAUGGGGAACACUAUGCCUCUAUAUCAGUCCCUGGAACUUAUAUUAACUCUACCUGUGGAAUGUGCGGCAACUACAACAAAAACCCAGAGGAUGAUACUCUCCGCUCAGACGGAAGGCUGGCUGUCUCUGUCAUAGAUUUAGGAGAGAGUUGGAGGGUGUAUCACCCAGACUGGAAAUGCUCUUCCGGGUGUGUAGACAAUUGUAGCUUAUGUGAUGCUGCAAUGGAAUCGCUUUACUUUACCUCAGAAUAUUGUGGAUUUAUAAACCUUACAGGGAGUCCUCUUUGGGAAUGUGGAACUGUGGUGGACCCUACUGCCUUUGUCCAUAGCUGUGUUUAUGACCUUUGUGGCUCCCGAGACAAUGGCACUAGCCUUUGUCAGGCUAUUCAAGCGUACGCUCUAGUAUGUCAAGCAUUGGGAAUUACAGUGGGUGACUGGAGAACUCCAACUGGGUGCGCCGCUUCCGUGCAAUGUCCUGAGUUCAGCCACUAUUCAGUUUGCACCAGCAGUUGUCCAUCCACUUGUUCUGACCUCACGGCUUCUCAGCUCUGCAAUACUCCCUGCACAGAAGGUUGCGAGUGUGAUUAUGGGUAUGUACUCAGCGCAGAUGCGUGUGUCCCCGUACACAAGUGCGGCUGCGAGAUGGACGGGAAAUAUUACGCCGUUGGCGAUUCGUUCUGGACAACAGCAGACUGCACUGUGCAGUGUUGGUGUGAAGAUGGAGGGGAAGUAUUAUGCUUCAACACUACCUGCCGCGAUGGUGAGAUAUGCUCUGUGGACAAUGGAUAUCAAGGCUGCUACCCAAAAAGAGAAAGUGUCUGUCUGGUCAGCCAGAAUCAAGUCAUGCAUACAUUCGACUCCGUAAGCUUCCCAUACCCUGUGGAAUACUCUUAUACUUUGCUAAAAACUUGCCCUGAGAAAUCAGAGUUUAUUGAGAUAGACAUCAGCAAGAAGAAGUCUGACUCUGGGCCUAACUGGCUGAGGCCUUUAAAAAUCCACGUGGCUAAACAAGAAAUAAGGAUCGGUGGGGGCAGCACAUCCGAAAUUAAGGUUAAUGGCUUUCAAGUUGAACUUCCAUAUUAUCUGCCAUCUGGUGAAUUGGAAAUGUAUCGUAAUAAAAAUGGAACAGUGAUUGAGUCUGAAGGACUUGUGAGGAUACAGUAUUCAGACCAAGGCCUGCUUUACGUCACCCUCUCUACAUUGUACUACAACUGCACCGGAGGCCUAUGUGGUUACUUCAAUGGAAACAGUGAAGAUGAAUUCUGCUUCCCAAAUGGUAAAUGUACAGACAACGUGGCUGUAUUCUUAGAAAGCUGGACCACAUUUGAUGAGAUUUGCAAUGGAGAGUGUGGAGAUUUGCUUAAGGCUUGCAAUAAUGACUCUGAACUGCUCAAGUAUUACAGAAGUCGAUCAAAGUGUGGAAUCAUUAAUGAUCCAAGCAAUAGCUCUUUUCUGGACUGCCAUGCUGUGGUUAAUGUGUCUGCUUAUUAUAGGACGUGUCUAUUUCGUUUGUGUCAAAGUGGAGGUAACCAAACAGAACUUUGUGACUCGGUCAGCCGUUAUGCCAUGGCUUGCCAAAAUGCUGGGGUAGAUGUUGGCCAGUGGAGGAAUAGAAAUUUCUGCCCUCUCAUGUGCCCAGAAAACAGCCAUUUUGAAGAAUGCAUUACCUGCACAGAAACUUGCGAAACACUAGUCACAGGCCCGGUCUGUUCGGAUAGUUGCACAGAAGGAUGCCAGUGUGACGAAUCAUUUGCUUUGCAGGGUACUGAGUGCGUUCCAAAGAGUGAGUGUGGCUGUAAUUUUGAGGGCCAUCAAGUUUCAUCUAAUGAGACUUUCUGGAUUGACCUGGAUUGCAAAUCCCUUUGUUACUGUAAUGGGUCAGACAACAGUGUGUACUGCGAGACAACGCCGUGCAAGGAUGAAGAGUACUGUAUGGAAGAUAAUGGACUCUAUUACUGCCAGCCUCGCACAGAUGCAUCAUGUAUUGUCUCCGGAUAUGGACAUUACCUUACAUUUGAUGGACUUCCAUUUGAUUUCCAAAGCAGCUGUUCUCUAAUUCUUUGCACUACAGUUACGAAUUCCAAAGCAGACACCGUCCCGAGAUUUACAGUCGCUGCCAAGAAUGAGGACAGAGAUGCGUCUCUUGCACUGUGGGUAAAGCAAGUGGAGGUAGAAGUCUACAAUUAUAACAUAGUCAUCUAUCGUGCAUACAAACACACCGUGUUGGUAAAUAAUGAAAGGCUAUAUCUGCCCCUGAAGUUGAGUCAUGGAAAAGUCAACAUUUUUGCCUUUGGUUUUCAUAUUGUAAUCGAAACCGAAUUUGGCCUAAAAGUUGUAUAUGACUGGAAGACGUUCCUCUCCGUGACAAUACCACGUUACUUGCAAAACAGCACGUAUGGCCUUUGUGGAAGGUACAACGGCAACAUGGAAGAUGACCUGCAGACUUCUAGUGGCUUCAUAAGUAUGAAUGUCAAUGAGUUUGGCCACAGUUGGGUAAAAAGAGAUGCCUUCUGCCAGGUUGGCUGUGGAGAUAGAUGUCCGACCUGCACAAAGGUGGAUGGUUUUUGGAAAGCUCAGCAGCUUUGUGGCUUUAUUCCCAACAGGAAUGGGGUAUUUUCUAAGUGUCAUAGCAAAGUAAAUCCCAGAUUUUUCUUCAAAAACUGCUUAUUUGACUCAUGCAUUGAUGGAGGUACUGUGGAGACUGCUUGCAGCUGGCUACAGAACUAUGCAAGUACAUGCCAGACUCAAGGAAUUGCUGUCACUGGCUGGAGGAACCACACAUCGUGUUAUAUGACUUGCCCGGCAUACAGUCACUAUGAGAGCUGUGUCAGUGUGUGCCAGCCUCGCUGUGCCGCUAUUCGACUUAAGAGUGACUGCAAUCAUUACUGCGUGGAGGGCUGCCAGUGCGAUGCUGGGUAUGUUUUAAAUGGGAAAAGCUGUAUUCUUCCACAUAACUGCGGCUGUUACGCUGAUGGCAAAUACUACGAGCCUAAGCAAUUAUUCUGGAAUAGUGACUGCACCAGGCGCUGCCGCUGCUUUGGAAGGAAUCUCAUCCAGUGUGAUCCAAGACACUGCAAGUCCGAUGAAGAAUGUGCUCUAAGGAACGGAGUACGAGGCUGUUUCAGUAAGAAGAGCUCCUACUGCAUUGCUGCGGGAGGUGGUGUCUUCAGGACGUUUGAUGGGGCUUUUCUCCGUUUUCCGGCAAACUGCGCAUUUGUAUUGUCUACUAUUUGCCAAAAGCUCCCAGAUAUCUCCUUUCAGCUAAUUAUCAAUUUUGAUAAAUGGUCUUCACCAAACUUGACUGUCAUAUCCCCGGUUUACUUUUACAUCAAUGAAGAGCAAAUCCUCAUUAAUGAUCGCAAUACUGUUAAGGUAAAUGGAACACAAGUGACAGUCCCGUUUGUUACCGGACUGUCAACAAAAAUAUACAGCAUGGAGGGAUUCUUGGUCAUUGACACAAGCCCCGACAUCCAAAUUCACUACAACGGAUUCAACAUCAUCAAAAUUACCAUCAGUGAGAGACUUCAGAACAAAGUCUGUGGCCUCUGCGGUAACUUCAAUGGGGAUCUCACCGAUGAUUAUGUCACUUUAAGGGGGAAACCUGUUGUAAGCAGCGUCGUGCUGGCACAAAGCUGGAAGACAAACGGCAUGCAAAAAAGCUGCAAUGAGCUGCAGUACUCUCAGUAUGCCUCUACUUGUGACAACGUCCAAAUCCAGAAGCUUCAGAGUGAUGGAUACUGCCUGAAACUGACCGACAUGAAAGGCUUCUUCCAGCCGUGUUAUGGUCUACUCGAUCCGGUUCCCUUUUACGAGUCUUGUUUUUUGGAUGGAUGCUACAACACCAAGAAGAUUCAGUUGUGUGGCUCUUUAGCCGCCUACGGAGAAGCGUGCAGGUCCUUCGGAAUCCUAAGCACGGAGUGGAUUGAGAAGGAGAAUUGCUCAGGAGUGAUUGAAGACCCUUGUGUAGGUGCAGACUGCCCCAACAGGAGUUGUGAAGUGGACAAUGGAGGAGAGCUUUGUGGCUGCAUGGAUCCACCAGUCUAUGGAAAUGACACCCAUGACAUCAUUGAUGCCGAAGUGACAUGUAAAGCUGCUCAAAUGGAAGUGUCCAUAUCAAAAUGCAAACUGUUCCAGCUUGGUUUUGAGAGGGAAGGCGUGCGGAUUAAUGACAGGCACUGCCCCGGCAUCGAGGGAGAAGAUUUCAUAUCUUUCCAAAUAAAUAACACAAAAGGCAACUGUGGGAAUAUCGUACAGUCUAAUGGCACUCACAUCAUGUACAAAAAUACUGUGUGGAUAGAAAGUGCAAACAACACAGGUAACAUAAUUACCCGGGACCGGACUAUCAAUGUGGAAUUCUCCUGUGCGUAUGAAUUAGACAUCAAGAUCUCGCUGGAUUCUGUCAUACGGCCUAUGCUCAGUGUAAUAAAUCUAACCGUCCCCACUCAAGAAGGAAGUUUUACCACCAAGAUGGCAUUGUAUAAAAAUGCAUCAUAUAAGCAUCCAUAUCGUCAAGGGGAAGUAGUGCUUACAACUCGAGAUGUCCUCUUUGUUGGUGUCUUUGUGGUCGGAGCAGACUCUACUCAUCUGAUACUGAUACUAAAUAAAUGCUAUGCAACUCCAUCAAGAGACAGUAACGACAAGCUCCGCUACUUCAUCAUUGAAGAAGGGUGUCCAAAUAUCAAAGACAACACCAUUGGAAUAGAAGAGAAUGGGAUUUCUCUAACGUGUCGCUUUCACGUCACGGUUUUUAAGUUCAUAGGCGAUUAUGAUGAAGUUCAUCUCCAUUGUGCUGUAUCUUUGUGCGACUCUGAAAAAUAUUCCUGUAAAAUUAACUGUCCACAGAAUUCUAGAAGUGCCAUUGAUCAUGUGCAAGAUUCCAAGGAGCAAAUUAUUUCUGUUGGUCCAAUUAGAAGAAAACGUUUGGACUGGUGUGAGGACAAUGGAGGGUGUGAGCAGAUCUGUACAAGUAGACUAGAUGGACCAAUCUGUAGUUGUGUGACCGGGACCCUUCAGGAAGAUGGAAGAAGUUGUCGAGUGUCCAACUCUUCCCCAGACCAUCAUACCUGGCUGUUCUACCUACUUGUACACCAGAUCACUGUGCUUGGAUUUUAUUUAUAAAACUGAAAAUUUUACCAAGGGACUGAAAACAAAGAUUUUGGGAAAACGCAGC